AUGAAAUUAUUAUUUAUUUUUUUAUUACUAAUAUUUUUAACAUUACACCUACAUGGAUUUUCUUUUUUAGCUAUUCCAAUUAAAAAGAUUGUUAAAAGAACUGGUCAAAUUUGUUAUGAAUAUAAUAGAAUGAUUUUUACAACGAGUAAAGAAUUAAAACAUAAGUUGAUUAGUGAUUUUUCAUUUAUACCAAGAAAUCAUUUAUUAUUAAAAAUCGUUAGUGUACAUGAUGAAACUAAAAAAUUAAACAGCGUAUUAACUGAUAAAUAUAUCAAACUUGAUGAUAGUUCCUUGAAUAAAUAUCAAACUAUUCAAUUUGAAGAUUAUAUAGUACAAUUUUUUAUGAUGGGAAACGUUCGAAAAUAUGAAUGUAAUAAAAAUUUUUUUUCAAGUUUUAUGAAAGCUAAUGAAUGUGUUAAUAAUUUAAAUAAAUAUUCUAAAUUAAGAUCACAAUAUAAACUUGUUGGAAAAGAUAAUUAUGGUAGUCACACUUGGAGUUUAAUUUGGAAGGAUUGUUACUAUAAAUGCUUCACACAAUAUAAUUGCAAGAAAUUGAAAAUAAAUUUUUUAAAUGAACUAAAUAUGUAUAGAGUAGCAUUCAAUGUUAAACCAUUAGUUUAUAAUAACAUCCUUGAGCAUGAAGCGGAUGUAAAAGCCAAAAAAUAUGCAGGUGUUCAAACAGUAAAUACAAUUUAUGAAACAAAACAAUCAGUUCAUGAUGUUAUUAGUAUAUCUAGUCCACCAUUUGCAAGUUUACAAAUGAAUAAAUGGUAUACCUUAAGUUUAAAAUAUAAAAAUUCACCACAUAUAAAAAUGGUACAAAAUAAUAAUUAUCAAUUAUUGUUUUCUUCAAGCGUAACACAAAUUGGUAUUGGAACUUAUAUAAAAGGAAGUAAAAUAAUAAUAAUCUGUACAUUAAAAUAG